UGCCAAUUGUACAAUAAAUUAAUGUUUCAACUUAAUUAACAGAAAAAGUCGUGGUUUAUAAGAGAAAAUGACGCUCUAUCACUUUGGAAACUGUGUUGCGCUUCUUUUGCCAUAUUACUUUACAUACAAAUACUCGGGCCUGUCAGAGUAUGGCGCAUUCUGGAAAUGCGUGCAAGCGGGUUGUAUUUACAUAUUCACACAGCUCUGUAAAAUGCUCGUUUUAGCCACAUUCUUCUACUCGGAUUCAGCGUCAAAUAGCGGGGAGUUCAAUUUCUUUGCGGAGAUUCUGCGCUGCAGCGUGGAUGUGGCAGAUCUACUUGGGUUCGCGCUAAUUCUAAGCCGCAUACCUGGCAAGGGCCAUUCCAAACUUAUUACCGCUGGGCUGGGUUGGGCUACCGCGGAGGUAAUACUCUCCCGUGGCAUUAUGCUGUGGGUGGGCGCCCGCGGCACCGAGUUCAGCUGGAUCUACAUCCAGAAAUGCCUGGAGUCCAAUGUCCUGCUCGUACAGCACCUGACCACUGCCACGCUGAUUUGGCUGUUUACGCGACAUGAUCUCAACAAGGCAUUAAAACCACUAGUCUCCAUUUUGCUGGCAGUCACCAUUUUCAAAGGCGUCUGGCUGGAAGGACUGUUGCAUAUACUGAGCAUUGGACCCUGGUCAGCGAUUGCGGUUAAGGCGCUGGUGGCCGCCAUCAUCGGCUUCAGUUCGCUGCAUAUUUAUGCGGGUUUGGCCCAGCAAAUUGGUAUUUAAUUUCAAUAAUUUUGUUUCAUAUAUUUUGGUUGUCCUGGGAUUAAGUACAGAAGUUUAAGACAAAAGAUAACAAAGAACGAUUUAGAGAAUUACAAAAAUGUUAAUGAAUUAUAGUUAUGAUAACGAUAACAA